AUGAAACUCUUAUCUUGGAAUCUCCGUGGGCUUGGGAACCCACGGAGUAUUCGUUCUCUUCGUGAUUUACUCACGAGUGAAGUUCCCGAAAUUUUGUUUCUUCAAGAAACAAAAUUAUCAUCACGCCGGUUGGAGUUUUGUAAGUUGAGAUUGGGUUUUCGGUGUUGUUUUGGUGUUGACAGUGUGGGUCGAAGUGGAGGUUUGGCCCUUUUGUGGAAAGAUGAUAUUAAUCUGAGGAUUAUUAAUUAUUCUAGUCACCAUAUUCAUGCGUCUAUUACAAACUGUGAUGGGGUGGAGUGGUUGUUGACUGGGGUGUAUGGUCAUCACGAUAGUGGGCAGCGAUCUGAAGUUUGGAGGCUUUUGAAAUUUUUGGGCCGUGGGGUUGUUUUACCAUGGAUAGUUUUUGGGGAUUUCAAUGAAAUUUUAGAUCAUUCUGAGAAACUGGGCGGAAAUAUAAGAAGUGAUAUACAGAUGAGGGAGUUUCGAGAGGUCUUAUCAGAUUGUUACUUGAGGGAUUUGGGAUAUGUAGGGUCUCGUUUUACUUGGAGUAAUCGUAGGGGUGAGGAGGAUUUAGUGAAGGAAAGGUUAGAUCGCUUUCUUGCUAAUUCUUUGUGGUGUGAUAUGUUUCCAAAUCUUCGAGUAACACAUGGAGUUGCAGCCUACUCCGAUCACAUUCCAUUAUGGUUGGAUACUGAAGGGGCUUUGGUUAGAAGGAGGAGUAGGAGGUUGUUUCGAUUUGAGGCUAUGUGGGUGGGAGAAACUGAAUGUUCCUCGAUUAUUGAGAGGGUUUGGGGUCGGAGACAUGGUCCUAUUUCUUUGGAUCAGAUUAUGGGAAGAAUUUCAAGUUGUGCUACUGAGUUAGGAAGAUGGAAUAAGGCUUCAUUUGGCCAUGUGCAGAAAAAUUUAGCUACUGCUAAAAGGAGGCUUCAAUGCUUAGAAGAGAAUGACUCUGGACAACACUGUCUAGAGGAACAUAAACAAGCAUGUCUUGAGGUUCAAAAAUGGCUCGAAAGGGAUGAGUUAAUGUGGAAGCAAAGAUCUCGGGUAAAGUGGCUUAGAGAAGGGGAUUGUAAUUCCCGGUAUUUCCAUUCUAAGGCAUCCACUAGACGAAGAAAGAAUAGUAUUAUGCAGUUGCAAGAUGAGUCUGGGAUUUGGCAAAAAGGGGAUCAGAUGGAUGUCUUAAUUACUGAAUAUUUUCAGACUCUAUUCACUGCUGCAGAUCGUGUGGAUAUGGAGGAUGUUCUUUCGGGUGUUGAGGCAAGAGUCACUGCUGAGAUGAAUGAGGAUCUGUUAAAACCUUAUGUUGCUGAGGAGGUGGAGGUAGCUUUAAAACAGAUGCAUCCUUCUAAGGCCCCUGGACCGGAUGGUAUGCCUCCUCUUUUCUUUCAGAAAUAUUGGGGUAUGUUAGGCAACUCCAUUACUACUGCUUUACUUUCAGCUUUGAAUUCUGGGAUGUUUCCUAGUGGCUUAAAUCAUACUUUUAUUACUCUUAUCCCUAAAAAAGCUUCCCCUUCUAAGGUAGCAGAUUUCCGUCCCAUUAGUCUAUGUAAUGUGCUCUAUAAGAUCCUUUCUAAAGUCAUUGCUAAUAGACUCAAGAGUGUUUUGCCGGAUAUUAUCUCUGCUUCUCAAAGCGCGUUUGUUCCUGGUAGACAGAUUUCUGACAAUGUUCUUAUUGCUUAUGAGUUGCUGCAUUUUCUUCGUAAUAAGCGAAAGGGUAGGAAGGGGUUUAUGUCUCUCAAACUUGAUAUGAGUAAAGCGUAUGAUAGGGUGGAUUGGCUGUUUUUAGAGAAAAUUAUGGGGUCCCUUGGUUUUGAUAAGAAACUGAUUUCUUUAAUUAUGCAGUGUGUUAGAACAGUUUCUUUUUCUGUUUUGGUUAAUGGGAGUCCUAAAGGCCCUAUUAUUCCUUCUCGGGGCCUUAGGCAAGGAGAUCCGUUAUCACCAUACUUAUUUCUUUUGUGUACGGAAGGUCUUAUUUCGUUGCUCAAAAGAAAUGCUAGUAGGGAAGGGGUGGAUGGAAUAAGGAUUUGUAGAGGUGCUCCUAGAAUAAAUCACCUAUUAUUUGCGGAUGAUAGUGUCAUAUUUUGUAAAGCUGAUGUGAUUACAAAUGUGAAGAUCCAAUCUUUGUUGAAUAAGUAUGAGAGAGCUUCGGGCCAAUGUAUUAAUAAGGAAAAAACUUCUAUGGUCUUUAGCAAAAAUGUGAAUGAUGACCUGAAAAGAGAUAUUAUGCAGUUGUGGGGUGGUAGCUAUACACAGCAGUAUGAGAAGUAUUUAGGGCCGCCUCCUAUGGUUGGGAGGUCAAAAAAACAAGCCUUUUCUGAUAUAAAGAAGAGAGUGUGGCAGAAGUUACAGGUAUGGAAGGGGAAUUUGUUAUCUCAAGGGGGUAGGGAGGUGCUUAUAAAAGCUGUAGCUAUGUCUAUUCCUACUUAUGCCAUGAGUUGUUUUUUGUUUCCCAAAACUUUAUGUCAUGAGUUAGAGAUGAUGAUGGCAAGAUUUUGGUGGGGGGAUCACUCUCGGGAAAAUAAAAUUCAUUGGUGUAGAUGGGAGAAGCUGUGCGUUUCAAAAUUCCGAGGUGGGAUGGGUUUUAGAGAUUUGCACCUAUUUAAUUUAGCCCUUUUGGCUAAGCAAGGGUGGAGGCUGUUAAGAAAUGUGGAUUCUCUCUUUUACAAAGUUUAUAAAGCCAAGUAUUUUCCGAAUUCUUGUUUAUUUGAAGCCAAGGUUGGUGCUAAUUCAUCUUAUGUGUGGAAAGGAAUUUGGGAAGCUCUUGAUUGUUUGAGAAAAGGUUGUAGGUGGCGUGUGGGGAAUGGGCAAACUGUGCGUAUUUUCAAGGAUCCAUGGGUACCGGAGUGUCCAAGUGUUUCAGCUUUGGUGGAGUCUGAUGAAAACUUAAAAGUUAAUUCUCUGAUAGAUGGCAGCACAGAUGCUGAAGACUCCUUGUAUUGGAGCCAUGAAAAGAAUGGAAAUUUUUCUGUUAAGAGUGCCUACCGAUAUCUCCAAUAUAAUCAACAGCUUGCAAAUGGGCAGUCUUCUACUGGUAGUUCUGAGGCUGUGUUUUGGAAGUCAUUAUGGCAUCUGAAACUUCCUAAAAAGAUGAAGGUGUUUGCAUGGAGGGCAUGUCAGGAGAAGCUUCCAACUUUUCUGAAUCUGAAGAAGAAACAUGUAUUGGAGGAUGCAACUUGUGGGCUGUGUAAUCAAGGUAUGGAAGAUACUGCUCAUGCUUUGUUUUUUUGCUCGGAAGUAAGGAGUGUGUGGGGGGUUUUUUGUUCUCAAAUGGAUAACAUACAAACUGCUCUUUCUUUCUGGGAUCUGGCAAAUUUAGCUCGUGUAAGAGGGUCUGAUUCUCUGCUGGCCAGAUUUAUAGCUAUAACAUGGGGGCUUUGGUAUAGAAGAAAUAAAAGGAUUUAUGAGGAUAUUUCUAUACAUAUUCAUGUGUCUGUUAAUAAUGCUCUUUCUUUACAACAAGAAUAUGCACAGGUGCAGUUGUUUGAUGGUUCCAAUCAGAAGAUUACUAAGGUAGUACGAUGGCAUCCUCCUCCAAAUGAUUUUCUGAAACUGAACAUUGAUGGGGCCACCUUUCCUGAACAUUCUGUUGCUGGGAUUGGGGUGGUGUUGCGGGAUCAGUAUGGUGAGGUUAUUGUGGCUUGCUCUAAGGUAGAGAAAGAGGUAUCUUCUGCUGAGUUUAUUGAGGCAGUUGCACUUCUAAGAGGGUUACAGUUGUGUGCUCAAUGGGGUGUCCCAAAAAUUAUGCUUGAAACUGAUUGUUUGGUUUUGGUUAAUGCUUUGAAUGAAAAUUCUGUAUGUUUAACAGAUAUUGCUUUUAUUCUUCAAGACAUACGAAGGCUUAUGGUGGGAUUCCAAGAAGUUCAAGUGGUGCAUGUAAACCGUUUAGGCAAUUUGGUGGCUCAUCGUUUGGCAAGACAUGCUUGGUUGAUUGAUGAUAUUUGUAUAUGGUGGGAUUAUUGUCCUUCUUUUGUUAGUCAAGCUUUAUGGCUUGAUAAACUUGCUAUUUGUAAGGAUAAUUGA